CAAUAGCCUGCCACCUCUCACCUCUCACCUGCCCUGCCCCCCCAUCCCAAUCCAUCCAUCAUCCAUCCCGCCCCCCCACCGCCCACUCAUCCACUCACCACCAUCCACUCAAUAAUUCUCGUCUUGCCUUUUCAUACAUCCAUAUCAGUCAACAGCAACCAUCAACAUCAACAACAAAAUUAACACAAACACCAUGCGGACAAGAUCAGAGUCCCGCAAAGAGGCCCCUCAGCCUACUAGUCGCGUCAAGCGACAGAAGAAGGACACCGUCAUGAAAGCCUCCAAAGCACCUCGCAAAAGCAAGGCUGCUCCCGCCACCGCUGCCUCCAGAGUUGGAGCAGUUAACAACAAGAAGAAAGACAGCCAAAGGCAAGAUCACGGGGCGCUCACCCUCGCCAUUCACGAGAGCCAGAUGCUCGCUGGCGUCCUUGGUCAGCUUUCAUCCGCCUUUCAUCCGCUCAACUCCAUCGUCGAAAAACCAGAACCCUCUCUCGUGCUUGCACCUCCAGGCCUUCCAGCCUUGGGGCCCUACGGUAAUGCGACAGGCCGCGUGCCCUCCAUUGAAGAUGCGAUUGCGUCACUCCAGCUCGCAUCUCAUGGUAUCGUCUCCUCUGCACAUGCCCUUACUACGGCGGUUCAGCCCUUUGGUGGAGACCCAUCUACCAUUGCAAAAGCGCCGAGCACUGCAGCAGCGCCGCAGCGGAAGAGGAAGCAGUCGCAGACCACCUCCAAGAAGGCCUCUCUUCCAGACAAGUCGCAGCCCGCCGCCCCCACCACCCAGCGCGCACCACCACCACCUCCAAAAUCGAAAGCUGCUCCCAGCACCCCAAAGCCAAAACCUGCCACUAAAAAGGCAGCAUCGUCAUCCGCCAAACCCAAAAAGACCUCUACAGUCUCUGAACAUUUCGAACCCUUCUCUAUGGAAAUAACACCUCCAGGCCUCAAUUUCACGCUCUCUCCCUCUAGGUUUGGUCUGAUCCAAGAGCGCAUUUGCUCUUCAUUAUGGGCCCUCGUCGUUCAAGCCAUUCUCUGGAACCAGACCACUGCGAAAGCUGCACGGCCCGUUUUGUUCAAACUCUUAACAUCUUAUCCCACCCCGGAGUCCAUGGCUGCAGCCACUGUGGAAGACGUCUGCGCCAUAAUCGGCACAUUGGGUCUACAGAACAGGCGCUCCGAGGUGCUCAUCAAACUUGCACAAGCGUGGCUUCAAGCACCGCCCGAUGCAUCUCGCCGCUACGCAGUAAAGAAUUAUCCCAAGACUGGAGAGAACCUGGAACUCGCAGAUGGUGAAUUAUUGGGCGAAAGCGACUUGCGCCGCGGCUUCGAGAUCUCGCACCUACCUGGAGUAGGGCCCUACGCGAUUGACUCUUACCGCAUAUUCUACCGCGACACCUUGCGCGGUAUUGAGACCUCGGGCGACGAGGUCGUCGAGCCCGAAUGGAAGCGUGUCGUCCCUGCUGACAAGGACCUGAGAGCGUAUCUGGAAUGGAGAUGGCGAGAGGAAGGUUGGAACUGGAACAAAGUAACAGGCGAAAAGAAGAAGAUAAUCGAGCCCGUGAGGAGGAGUAGUCGGAGGUCCAUUGCCACUAUGUCGUCUACUAGUUGAGCGUUUGGAUGUUUCGUUCGUUGAAACGUCACGACUGGAUGAAACUGCUCUCGCCGCUGGUCUACUAUUAUGCACCUAGUUUCAGUCGGUCGUCGGCAGCAGCAUAUGAACCUCCUAACGACACGUAAAACAUGAGGGAAGAAACAACGGCGUCUCAUGUUCGGGCAGAAUCGGAGGGCUUCAAACAAAGCUAUGACUAUGUGGUGGAUUUCAAUGCGUUUAUUCAUACCUCAUAACGAAGUCAUCAUUACUGCUAUUGGGACGGUCCGGAUUUCGGGCGGUAUUUUACUGAUCCGAUCUGUCUCGCUGUGCGAGCAAUCGUUGCGUCAUCUUGGAU